CACUGACUCCAUUCAUCGGAGCCAUUUUCGAAGCCCGGUGUCUUACAUUAAGCUGAUGUGGUCUCAGGUGCUGUGUCAGCCCAGCCCUUUCGGUUUACGCCACGGAAAGAGGCGCUGCCUAAUCUGAUGUGACGUCAAGGUUUAAAGAGCCACAGCCAGCUCUCAAGGUCCACGUUGCUGACAGAGGCUGCGAUGCUGCGGGAAGCCUGACAGACACCGGAGAGUCAGGGCGGCUGUACGGAGAGAAGCAUUAUGACUCCUCUGUGGUCUCUCGUUGUCUCCUCUCUGUUUGGCGUUUUACUACUAGCCGUCCCCGCUGCUGGCAGUGAGCUGAGUGCUGCAUUCUUCCUGCGUGAUAUCCUGAAUAAGUAUGGAGAAAACGAGACCCUGUCAUUACAGCAGCUGCAGUCCCUGUUGGAGCGGCUGGAAGCAGGAAGAGGGGGUAGUGAGCCCCACAACAUAUCACAGAUGUCUGUCCCUUCUGUCUCCUUCUCUUUCCAGUGCAUCAGCGCUUCUGCUGUCUUUGCUGCUAACAACCUGACUGCAGACUCCACGGUGGGUGCUGAGGGUCUGCAGAAUCUCUGCCCAUCCAUCCUCCAGCACUUGGAAACACAGACGUGUCUAGAGGUCCCCGUCUUACAUAAUGACACCAGUACUGAGGGAAGACCCAGCAGUGGUGAAGUUUGGGGUUACGGCUUCCUCUGUGUCACCGUCAUAUCUCUCUGCUCCCUCCUGGGUGCCGGUGUGGUACCCUUCAUGAAGAAAGCCUGUUACAAGCGUCUUCUCCUCUUCUUCAUUGCUCUCGCCAUUGGGACCCUCUAUUCCAACGCUCUCUUUCAGCUCAUCCCCGAGGCCUUUGGCUUUAACCCACUGGAGGACUCCUACGUAUCUACAUCUGCUGUGGUCUUUGGAGGUUUUUAUCUUUUCUUUUUCACUGAGAAGAUCCUGAAGAUGCUUCUCAAGCAGAAACAUGAGCAUGGUCACAGUCACUACGCAGCGGGUGCCAGUAAACGUGAUGCUGAAGAGGGGGUGACAGAAAAGCUACAGAACGGAGACCUGGAUCACAUGAUUCCUCCACCAGGUAGCAGUGAGUCUGACCUACGCCAACACCUGAGUGAUGAGAAGGUGGUUGUGAGCUCACUGGCUGUGCAGGAUCUCCCUGGGCAGCAGAGCUCCUGUUAUUGGCUGAAGGGGAUCCGUUACUCUGACAUCGGCACUCUAGCCUGGAUGAUCACGCUUAGCGACGGGCUCCAUAAUUUCAUAGAUGGGCUGGCCAUUGGCGCCUCCUUCACAGUCUCUGUCUUCCAAGGGGUCAGCACGUCCAUUGCCAUCUUGUGUGAAGAGUUUCCACAUGAGCUCGGAGACUUUGUCAUUCUGCUAAAUGCCGGAAUGAGCAUUCCUCAGGCUCUUUUCUUUAACUUCUUGUCUGCUUGCUGCUGCUACCUUGGCCUGGCAUUUGGGAUCCUUGCUGCCAGUCACUUCAGCUCUAAUUGGAUCUUCGGCUUAGCAGGGGGAAUGUUCCUGUACAUUGCGCUAGCUGACAUGUUCCCAGAGAUGAAUGAAGUCAGCAAGGAGGAUGAGGAAGGUGGCCGACCCCUGACUGCCUUUUUCAUACAGAACGCUGGUCUUCUCACCGGCUUCACCAUCAUGCUGCUACUGACCACAUUCUCUGGUCAGAUCAAGCUGGGAUAGGCAAAGCAGAGCGGCAGCGGACUCCUCCAUAGAAGUUCUCAAUCUUGCUUUAAAGAGAGAUGAGAGAUGAUGGAAAUCCAACCAAGGAAGGAAGAACAUUUCCAAUAAUAUUCAUUGGAGGAAGCUUAGCACAUAUGUGUAUGGGAUUGCUGCUGUUUCCAUCCUACAAACAAGCGCACUACAACACCUAAAGACAUUCUACCCUGUAACCCAAAGCGACCCUUACGGCUAAGCACACAGCCAUGACGUAGACGUUUUGUUGUUUAAGAAAUGCCAGCCUGUUCUGUGAUCUUGGACAUCAGACUUGGUGGCUGCUGGCUCUUCUCGAAUUGUUUACAGAGCCCCUAGCAACCCAGCGAGCGCCAGUAAUAAUCAUUUGCUCUUCUUUUUUUAUAGAGUCUCUGUAAUGGAGAGAAAUCCUGUAUUUUGAUGACUUUUUGUUUUUAGAAAAUUUAUCUUAUCAUAUUGAUAAAUGGCUUAUAUUCCACCAGAACAAUGGACCAAACUGACUUAAUAAAAGUGGAGAUUUCCCUGUAACACUACAGCGGAGCAGGCAACCCCUGUCCUGCCGGAGCCAUGCUGAACAUUACGUCUCCCAUACUCUUUUGUGGGCUCUUCCGUUAUGGUAUCUGCCAGUGUCACUCUCUGUUUCUCAUUGAUAAACUGAUCAAGAGGCACCUGGAGCCGGUGGGGGACAUCUGUCUUGUACAGAGUUGAUCUCCUCCCAGCUGGUGUGCUUGUGACAGCCAAACAGUGUUCCUUAUAACUUGAAGUAAGCGUGGAAGGAGAACUGGUGUUUACGCAUGUGUGUGUGUGUGACGUUAGAAGAGCGGACACUGCGUGAUACGACACAAUGACUGCAAUGUAGUAGCGCCUAGAAUACAAUAGCACACGUAUAAUAUUGAGAGACCAUAUGCUUUGUAUACUAUCCAGCACUGUAAUAUGAUCAUGCUGUGCUAGUGUGGCUGAGGAUGUUAGAACAGCAUAUGGAAGAACAACACAGUGGACUAAUAUGUUGUGGUUCCUUUAAAAAAAAAAAAAAACAAUUCAUGCUAGAAUGGAACAAAAUCUACCUUAUGAUAUUUAUUGAGUCUUUUAAUAGCAUACAAUAAUGUUAUCGUCCCUUGUUCCAAGCUGGCAGCAUAACCAGGACGCACAUUGUAGCCAGUGUUUUCUUCUUUUUCUGAACGUCCCAUCUCAGGUUCUGACAAUAAACAUUUAAAUGCAGA